AUGCAGCCUUUCUUGGCUCUGCUUUCCCUUGUACUGGUGGGCGCUGUCUCAACGCAGGGCAAAGUCCACGGUGCCAAAGGGCCCGUCAAGCACAAGGCAGCUGCAGCUGCCAGCGACAAUGCGCCCAAGGGCAGCGCGUCGAUCACCCAGAUCAUCUCGACCUCGUACGACUACUCUGCCUCGCCCACGGUCGGCUACGACCCUUCCAUCCUCACGAUCAAGAACGUGAACAUUCCAUUCAGCAACAAUGUCACCUAUCCAGCCACAUCCGUCAACGCUACUGCCAAUUCUACCCUCCUGGUAGGAGUCAAGGUCCAGGAGAACCGAGUGCUGCAGAAGAUGAUCGGUGUGGGCUGCGGCGUGUCUGAUGCCAGCAGUAUCGUGCUCCAGGGCGUAAAAGACGAAGCCCCAGAGGUCUAUGAUCAGAUCAUGCAGCUUCUCUGGAGCAGAGAUCCCAAAAUGGCCAACGGCGACGCGAUCGGCGCGUCCCUGACUCAAGUACGAUCACCUCUAGGUGCCAGUGACUUUGGUACUAGCGAAUAUUCAUUUUCUAGCACGGCUGAUUGCUCUCCCGAUACAAAUUUGACGCUCUUCAAUGUAAACCAAGCGCCGAAAAUGUGGGCGACGCACCGCGACAUUCUGGCCAUCAAUUCCGAUAUCAACAGCUGGUACAACCCUUGGACCUCCCCUCCCUGGAUGAAGAAGCCUUGCGGCUAUCGAGGUGGUCAGCUUCAGGAGCAGUACGAAGAAGUCUACGCUACCUACCUCGCUCGAUCAAUGCAUGACAUUGCCAAGGUCGUUGGCAAGACCCCCUCUCACGUAGCUUUACAGGAGAGUCCGCGAAAUGAACCGAAAGAUUAUCCUGGUCAGCUGAUCGACGCUUCUCAAGCUGCUCGAGUCGCCAAUUCUCUUCGUAAGAAGCUCGACGCUCAGGGGCAAAAGUCUAUCGGCAUCACCGCUCUCGAAGCUUCUUGGGACAGUCUCGACUAUGCGCUUCAGGCCUUCGAUGAGGCAGACAGCGACGCCUUCUCUGGCGUCUCCUUCCACUGCUACAGUGGGGACCCGGAGGUACAGAGAGACUUUGCCGCAAAGUACCCGGAGAAGAAGAUCUACCAGACUGAGUGCACCAGGACAACCCAGGGCGGUGAAGAGUUCUGGCUCAACCUGAGGAAGAAUGCACUGGCUAUGCUCUUCGGAGGUGUGGGCAACGGCGCCUCGAACAUCAUGACCUGGAACUGUGUCCUGCAGUCGGACGACAGCGGCUUCACCACGCCUUCCCUUCCAGGAACUUGCAAGAACUGCCUGGCUCCAGUCCUGGUCACUCGCCCAGCCGGUACCAAGGUCGUGUCGCAGCAGGUCAACAGCACCUCGUCCACGGGCGCCCAGGGCAGCACUACCUUCAAGCUUACCUCGGAUUAUGCUCUGCUUGCUCACGUCUCGCGAGCCAUCCGCAACCCUCACGACAAUGGCUACGGCAACGUCAUUGGCGUCACCACGACCGACGAGAAUCUCAAGUUCAAGACGGACGACGGCGCUCGUGUCUUCUCUCUGGCCUUUAAGAGCGUCUUGCCCAGCGGCAAGGAGAGGUACACCCUCUUGAUUCUGCAGAAGGCUGACCAUUACCUCACGGGCAACUUUGAGCGUGCUCAGGUCGUCGUUGGUUUCAGGAACCAGACUGCCAGCCUUGACCUGGGUGUUGGUCUGCACACCGUCGUAUGGGAGGCUGACGCUCUUUGA